CCCCCCUACCGCCGCUCCAUUCCAUCUGUGUUGAAAAUGGUGGCGCCUGUGUUUACGUGUGUAAUCGAUUUAAAUGUGAAUAUGGCAUAUGUGGUUUUAAUUAAAUUUUUGUAAUGAACAACGUUAUCGGUGAUUUAAUUGGUGGUGCUGGACGUUAUCACCCUAUUCGACGUAACGCAGAACCAGUUAACCACUUUGAAAUUCUCCCAGAAAUACAAUUCAGGGAACGAUACCGUUUGUCAAAAAAAGCAUUCCUACACGUGCUCCGGAGAAUAGAGUAUGGUCUGAGAAGACCUCUUCGAAGAAAUCACAGGAUCACUUCGAGUAUUCAGUUAUUAGUGGCUCUACGUUUUUUUGCUACUGGUUCAUAUUUGAUUACUGUGGGAGACACAAUGAACAUAACAGCCUUGAGCCCUGACUACAUCAGAUUCCCAUCAACUCCAGAAGCACAAAGGGAAGCUCAGACUGAGCUGUUUGCCAGAUCUGCAUUCCCCAGUGCAGUAUGCUGCGUUAAUGGUAGACAAGUUCGAAUCCAAAGUUAUGGUGGCGAAAAUGGUGAGCUGUACCGCAACCGACAUGGCUGGUUCUCUAUAAAUGUCCAAGGAAUCUGCAAUGCAAGAUUAGAUUUCACGAAUUUUGUGGCUCGUUGGCCCGGUGCCACACACGACACGAGGGUAUUUCGUCACUCGAGAAUUUGUCAUUUGCUUUAUCAAGAGGUGUACAGAGAUGCUCUUCUCCUCGGGGAUUCUGGCUAUCCUGAUCUCCCUUUCCUGAUGACACCCCUAAGGAAUCCUCAAACAGCUGCCGAGCAUCUGUACAAUGAAGCUCAAAUUCGCACACGCAACUGUAUUGAGCGCUGCUUUGGGGUAUGGGCCAGAAGGUUUGCGGUGGUGGAGAUAGGGUCGCGAUUCCAUACUCCUGAGAGAACUGUGGCCGUAAUUAUUGCUACUGCUGUACUACAUAACAUUUCUGUAUGGUUUCGUCCUUUUCGCCGACGAGAAGUCGAUGUGGAGGCAUACAAUGCAAUUCAUGAAAACAUUGCACUAGUUCACGACAAUACCAUACAACAGCUGGUGACCGGGUAUUUUGAACAGCUCAUUUGAAUACAUAGGUCCAUGUCUCAAACUAAAGGCGAUUGUGGAAGACAAUAUGGAGAAAAAAUUGAGAAGAAUGAAUUAAACUUCGAAUGCACCGAAGUCAUAGAAAAAUUCUUCAUUAAUUAACGCUGUGAUGAAUUAGAAAGUAUAAGCAUAUAUUUUUUGUAAUACUCAGGGCUGUCUCCUAAAUUAAAACAAUUAAAUAUGUA